AGCUUCUUGAACAUGGAUUUGACCAUUUCGCUAUGCACCCCGUUGACAUGCUGCACGACUUUGAGGUCGGCGAGUGGAAGGCGAUAUUUGCCCAGCUUGUGCGUAUGCUACACACCUUCAAGGGUGACGAUCUGGUCGAGGAGCUGAACCGCAGAUAUCGCCAUGUCCCCACCUUCUUGCGGGACACGAUUCGGCGCUUUGCCACUAAUAUCGCAGAGAUGAAGAAGCUGGCUGGUCGCGAUUUUGAAGAUUCACUCCAGUGUGCGCUGCCCUGCUUUGAGGCGCUUUUCCCCAACAAGCAGCAUCAGAAAAUCGUCCUCGACCUUCUCUUUGACCUUGGUUGGUGGCAUGGACUCGCAAAGUUGCGUUUGCAUACGGACUCGACCCUCGCCUCCUUGGAGCACGCAACAGUCGAGCUCGGUCGCUCGAUACGCCGUCUCGAGCUCAUCUCGCAGGAGUAUGCAACCUGUGAGCUGCCUAAGGAGAAGCGGGCUCGCAUACAGCGCCAGCAGAAGAGGGAUAGCGUGGCAGUAGGAGCGGCUCGACGCGCAACUGCCCACCCAACCCAGAUCGCCAAGAAAGAACAAGAUCAGCCGCGCCGCUUCGAUCGGAAGAGUUAUAAGCGUCACGCCUUAGGAGACUACGCGCGAGCUAUCAGGUAUUGGGGGACCAUUGAUUCCUACUCGACGCAAAUUGGCGAGUCGGAGCACCGUCGAGUCAAGCGCUACUAUGCACGCACAAAUAAGGUAAACCACCCGGCCCAAAUCGCGCGUCAGGAGCGACGGAAUGCACGGUUGCGACGGAUGAAGCAGAAGGAGGUGGUGCAAGCUACCACAGCUAAGACGUCGCUGAUUGUCAGAGGUGGCGCGCCUGAGAAGCUGCCAAAGACAGAGCCGCUGAUGACCACACACAUCUCCUUGAGCCGUCGCUACCCCGAGAACGUAACUUCAUUUCUCGCGCGACAUGAAGAUGACCCUGCGCUUAGGCCCUUUUAUCGGAAGCUCAAGGAGCAUUUGUUGCCCCGCAUCCGCGGUACCCCCGACGGUGGCCAGAGCUAUACCGCGGAAGAAAGGAAUUCAAUCAUGUUUCUCGGGAACCGUAUCUACAAGCACAAGAUCCUCCGACUCAAUUAUACAUCCUACGACGUUCGCCGCAAGCAAGAUUUCCUCAACCCGAGCAAGAACGCCAACAUCAUGGUGCUAUCUGGCGAAGACGACCACCCGUACUGGUAUGGCCGCAUCAUCGGUCUAUUCCACGCCGACGUCGCCGACCUGCAUUCUGCUACCCCGAGCGAAGGCCGUGCAGUUCAUUUUGCGUAUGUGCGAUGGUACACACUAGAUCUCACCUUUCGGCACGGCGUUGCUGCUAAGCGCUUUCCUCGCCUUCGCUUCUUUCCUGCGGACCACCCCGACGCCUUUGGGUUCAUUGACCCGAACAGCAUCAUCCGUGCCACCCACAUCAUCCCCGCAUUCGCCCAUGGUCGGACAGAUCAAUACCUUGCAGGUGUGACUGUCGCACGCCCUUCAACUGAGCUCGACGACUAUCAAUUCUAUUAUGCCGCUAUGUUUCCCGACCGGGAUAUCCUCAUGCGCUAUCGAGGCGGCGGCGUCGGCCACAAGAGCACAUACGAAGCACUUCGUGUGUUCGAAGUUGAGGCGGAACGGCUGGCAAACUUCAGUCAACCCAAGAAGCACGUGUCUUCUUCACCCGAAGAUGCUGGCGCAUCACCUCCGCUCGACGUUGACGCCAACGAGGAGGAGGGCAGUGACGAAGACGAUGAAGUUGACGAGGUUGAAAUACUCGACAUAACCGACAUGCCGAGCACGGAUACAGGUGACGAGAAUGCAGAGGAAGAGAAGGAGGAGGAGGAGGAGGAGGAAGAGGAGCUUACUGGCGAUGAGGAGGAGCUGGACUGGGACCACGAGAGCGAGUCGGAGGUGGAUGAUAGCUGGGAAGAUACUGACUCAGAGGAUUUGGAAGAAGAUGACCUCACUUUGGAUGUCCUAGGAUAUGCAGAACUGUAGAGACCAUCCUAUAGACAUGUAUCUACACUUCUCUGUAUUGCAUGAAUCAGGUCUUCAGAAAUCUCAGGGAUGGGCC